GGGCCGUCCCGUCUUCUCUGUCCCGUCUCCCGACCCGUACGCUUUCCCCGCAACUCGCGCGCACGAAUGGUUAAAAAAGGGCGUGAGGCUCGAGCCCGCCAGCCCGGCCUGCAGCCCCGGCGCGCGCCCUCAGCGAGGACCCGCGCGAGCUGCCCGUGACGGUGCCUGCGCUGUUUGAAACUGUGGAACCCGUUACGAUCUUGGGGAAACUACCGUUCCAGCUGGCUCCAGAGCCCGUGCGUGCCAGGGACGAGUGGCGGUCGCGCGGCGGUUCUUGCCUGUCGCCUCCCUGCAGCGUGGAGACAGAACCGGCAUUUUCGAAGGACGCCACCUUCAAUCGCGGCGCUGGCGCGGGCGGAGGCCGAAACGCAGGGGUCCUGAGACUGAGGAAAACGCGCCAAGUUCCCCUCGGCUGUGGAGCGGGAGAGACCCUAGCGGUUGGGGCGCUCCGCGAGCGGGGGCGCUGCUGGGUGCGCUCCUUGCCGUGCGUGGCGGGCGCAGACGGGCGCCGCUCCGGGCAUGUAGUCGGUGCCGGCGCAGGACAGCACCGAGCGGCGGCCGGGCUUCCCGCUCUUGCGGGCGGAUGGUCACUCCCCCGCGGGGAGGGCGAUCGGACCAGCUUUCCUUUGGGUCGGGGACCCGGCGGGUUCGGGGAAGGGACUCUGGUGUCGCGCCCACUCUCUCUGCGGUCGGACUCGCCGGCGUCACCGCCGCGGACCUCGCUUCGGGCCAUGACCAGAUAUAAUUGGUGAUUACAACUUUCUUCUAUAAAUUCUUGCCAGCUCCUUGGGAUUUGAAGAGAAAAUGCCUGGUGUCAUACCUAGUGAAAAUAAUGGACUUUCGAGAGGUAGUCCAUCUAAGAAAAACAGACUUUCCUUAAAGUUUUUUCAGAAAAAGGAAACUAAGAGAGCCUUGGAUUUCACAGAUUCUCAAGAAAAUGAAGAAAAAGCUUCUGAAUAUAGAGGAUCUGAAAUUGAUCAAGUUGUUCCUGCAGCACAAUCCUCACCUUUAAACUGCGAGAAGAGAGAAAAUUUACUACCAUUUGUGGGACUGAAUAAUCUUGGCAAUACUUGUUAUCUUAAUAGCAUACUUCAGGUACUAUAUUUUUGUCCUGGUUUUAAGUCUGGAGUGAAGCACUUAUUUAAUAUUAUUUCAAGGAAGAAAGAAGCUCUAAAAGAUGAAGCCAAUCAAAAAGAUAAGGGAAAUUGCAAAGAAGAUUCUUUGGCAAGUUAUGAACUCAUAUGUAGUUUACAGUCCUUAAUCAUUUCAGUUGAACAGCUUCAGGCUAGUUUUCUCUUAAAUCCAGAGAAAUAUACUGAAGAGCUUGCUACUCAGCCAAGGCGACUACUUAAUACACUCAGGGAACUCAACCCUAUGUAUGAAGGAUAUCUACAGCAUGAUGCACAGGAAGUACUACAGUGUAUUUUGGGAAACAUUCAAGAAACAUGCCAGCUCCUAAAAAAAGAGGAAGUAAAAAAUGUGGCAGAAUUAUCUACUAAGGUGGAAGAAAACCCUAAUCAGAAAGAGGAAAUGAGUGGUUUUAAUGGCAUGGAGACUGACAAUGUUAGGCAUUUUGAAGAGUGUAAAGAAAAACUCCCCAAAGGAAAUGGGAAAAGAAAAAGUGACAUUGAAUUUGGUAACAUGAAGAAAAAAGUUAAAGUAUCCAAGGAACAACAGUCAUUGGAAGAGAACCACAGACAAACCAGAUCAAAAAGAAAAGCUACAGAUGAUACAUUAGAGGUUCCUCCUAAAAUAAUCCCCAAGUACAUAUCUGAAAAUGAGAGUACAAGACUCUCCCAAAAGAAAUCAAGAGUUAAGAUAAAUUGGUUCAAGUCAGCAACUAAGCAACCCAGCAUUCUGUCUAAAUUCUGUAGCCUGGGAAAAAUAACAACAAGCCAAGGAUCGAAAGGACAAUCUAAAGAAGAUGAGUAUGAUCUUGAAGAGGACUUGGGGAAGUGUGAAAGUACCAACACAGUUAAUGGUUGUGGACUUGAAUCUACAGGAAAUGAUGUUAAACCUGUAGAUGUUAAUGAAGCUAAGCCCAUUAACAAAGGUACAGAGCAAAUUGGUUUUGAGCUAGUGGAGAAAUUAUUUCAAGGUCAGCUGGUGUUAAGAACUCGUUGCUUGGAAUGUGAAAGCUUAACCGAAAGAAGAGAAGAUUUUCAAGACAUCAGUGUGCCAGUGCAAGAAGAUGAGCUUUCCAAAGUAGAGGAGAGCUCUGAAAUUUCUCCAGAGCCUAAGACAGAAAUGAAGACCCUGAGAUGGGCAAUUUCACAAUUUGCUUCAGUAGAAAGGAUUGUAGGAGAAGAUAAAUAUUUCUGUGAAAAUUGCCAUCAUUAUACUGAAGCUGAACGAAGUCUUUUGUUUGACAAAAUGCCUGAAGUUAUAACUAUUCAUUUGAAGUGCUUUGCUGCUAGUGGCUUGGAGUUUGAUUGUUACGGUGGUGGACUUUCCAAGAUCAACACUCCUUUGUUGACGCCUCUUAAAUUGUCACUAGAGGAAUGGAGCACAAAGCCGACCAACGACAGCUAUGGAUUAUUUGCGGUUGUGAUGCAUAGCGGCAUUACAAUUAGUAGUGGGCACUAUACUGCUUCUGUUAAAGUCACUGACCUUAGCAGUUUAGAACUAGAUAAGGGAAAUUUUGUGGUUGACCAAAUGUGUGAAAUAGGUAAGCCAGAACCAUUGAAUGAGGAGGAAGCAAGGGGUGUGGUUGAAAAUUAUGAUGAUGAAGAAGUGUCGAUUAGAGUUGGUGGAAGUACACAGCCAAGUAAAGUUUUGAACAAAAAAAAUGUAGAAGCUAUUGGACUUCUUGGAGGACAAAAGAGCAAAGCAGACUAUGAACUGUACAGCAAAGCAUCUAAUCCUGAUAAGGCUGCCAGCGCAGCACUGGCUGAAAGUCGAAAUUCUGAGACUAACAGUACUAAUGGGACCCACGAAUCUGAUAGCAGUAAGGGAUCCAGUGACCAAACAGGCAUUAAUAUUAGUGGAUUUGAGAACAAAAUUUCCUAUAUAGUGCAAAGCUUGAAGGAGUAUGAGGGGAAGUGGUUGCUUUUUGAUGAUUCUGAAGUGAAAGUUACGGAAGAGAAGGACUUUCUGAAUUCUCUUUCCCCUUCUACAUCUCCUACGUCUACUCCUUACUUGCUAUUUUAUAAGAAAUUACAGAGUUGAGUGUAUUUUGUGUAUAUAUUAAACAGACCUGCACAAACAUUGGUAAACUUGAUUACAUCAAAGUUUUUAGCUCAUCUUUUGAAGCUACUGGGUAUUAUUGGUCUCUCUAGGUUUUUAUAUAAAUAGUGAAAUUUGAAUUACUGAAAACCAUGUUAAUUUUUAGAAUUCCUUAGUAGAGACUAGUGAUGCAUUAGCUUCUGGGAACAAACUUGUAUAGGUUCUUAAUUGAAUUAUCCAAAAUGUAAGCAUUUAAACACUUUUGGAUUCACACCAGUCUUUUGUGUUUGCUUUUUAAAAUAAAGUGCUUGUAUUUGUAUUCUCCAUAUUUUGGAGUAAUUAUCUACAUGAUGUUUAUAGGUCCUGUGGUUUUUCACCUACAAAGCAGAAUCUCAUUCGGCACAUUUAAUUUUAUAAGAGUCGGGAAUCCAAAUCUUGGAUGGGCUGUGUCAGAGGCACAGAGUCUGGAAUGUGUGUAUUCAUAGUGGUGCACGUUUUGUGCCUUGAGUCACUUUGAAGUGUCUCAGAAAACUUGGACAGUCCUCACCUGUCUUCACAAGAAUUUUAUAUGUAUUUAUGAAGAUGAUUCUGUACUCUAGUAGAUCUCUUUGGGCAUGGACUAAUUUGUAUCUCUUCAUACUUGAUAUUCUGCACGAUCUGUAUAUAGUGCCUCAGGCUUAGAGGUGUGACCUUAAACUUUAACUUUUUUUAAAAAACCAGGAGGUCAAUAAAAUUUAAACUGCUUAACAGCUAUGUAUACAAAUGUUUGACUUUUUUACUUGCAUAUUUUUAUCAUAAAUAAGAGUUCUCUUAA